AUGAAAUUUAAAUUUUUCCACUUCAUAACAAUCUUUGUUUUUAUCUAUUUACAAUUUUGCAUGAGCUCCCUGAUUAAAAAUUUCCACGAGCCUGUUGAUAAUAAUUGUUUUUUGUGCACGAAAAAAGAAAUCUUUUCCUUGUUUAGUUAUUCAUCGCAUGUCCCUUUUUUAAAUGAAUACAAUAAACUGAAAAAAAAAAGAAGAAGAGAAAGAAGAAGAAAUGUUUAUCGCUUUAAAAUAUUUGCAGGAAAUGAAAAUUUAAGAAAUAAUUAUGGGUACCAAAAUGGACCAAACAUUAAACAUAAAGGAAAUAAAAUAGUCGAUGAAUCAGACAGGGUGGAGGCUGCUCAAAAAAAAUCUUCCAUUAAGGAAAACCACCAAGAGGAAAAAAUUCACACACAUGUUGAUAAUAAAAAUGCAGGUCCAAUUCAUAACCAUGUUGACACUUUUGAAGACAAUAAAAAUUAUCAUUUUGAAAAAGAUGAAGCAGGGAAAAAAGGAUACCACGUAAGUCCUCCUUCUGGGAAUAGUACAUACCAUGGAUGGCAAAAGUACUCUAUUGAUGAUGCCACAAGACGUGAUUCUUUUCCUCACGAUGUAGAAGAAGUUAAGAAUAGAGGAAACAGCGUUGGUAAUGGUUUUAUUAAGGUGCACACAGAAUGUAAGAAAUUCGGGAAAAGUAUAAGAAAUCUUGUGAGAGAAGAGGAAAAGGAUGAGGGAGAGGAAGAGGAAAAGGAUGAGGGAGAGGAAGAGGAAAAGGAUGAAGGAGAGGAAGAGGAAAAGGAUGAGGGAGAGGAAGAGGAAAAGGAUGAGGGAGAGGAAGAGGAAAAGGAUGAGGGAGAGGAAGAGGAAAAGGAAGAGGAAAAGGAAGAGGAAAAGGAAGAGGAAAAGGACGAAGGGCUUUUCCAUGAUAAUGCGGAUCAUUGCAGAUACCCAAUAAAAAGCCCACGGGACAAGGGGACCGAUGGAAAGGGAAAAGAAUUGAAAGGAAGAAAAAAAAAAUAUAUCGAUUUAAAAAUCAUGAGAACAUUGCCCUUAAUAUCAAUUAUAGGAAGACCGAAUGUUGGCAAAUCGACCAUAUUUAAUCGAUUAACGAGAAAAUUUCAGGAGGGUAGUAUUGUCCUAGAGGAAAGUAGUACAAGAGAUAAAAUUUAUGGAGAAGCAGAUUGGGAUGGAUAUAAGUUCGAAUUGGUAGAUACAGGAGGCCUUAUAUUCGAAGAUGAAAAUUUUUCUAAAGAAAUACGAAAUCAAAUUUUAUUAGCACUUAAGGAAUCCUCUGUUGUUUUGCUCAUUGUUGAUGGGAUAAAUGGCGUUCAUCCCAGAGACUUAGAAAUUUGUAAAUUUCUUAGGAAAUAUAUUAAAAAUGAGUACACUAAUAAAUUGGCUAAUGAAAAGAAAAGAAUCGAUCAGAAUUCCAAUUCAAGAACUACCGAAGGUGCACCAUAUCCCAUGAUUAAGGAAGAGCGGCACAUAUUAAAUAACGUGAAAGAAGACAUUACAUCGGGUAAAUUCAACCAAAAUAGUAACAAAAUAAAUACAGAAAAUGGAAGUGAUGAUUUCGAAAAUAAAACUAUGUUAAAAGUCAUUGUAUGUGUAAACAAAUGUGAGUCACACAAAGAUGGAUAUAUUAAAGCGCAAAAUUUUUGGGAACUAGGGUUUGGAACCCCUUAUCCCUGUAGUGGAAUUCAUGGAAAUGGACUAUCUGAAAUUUUAGAUGAGUGCAUAAAGUAUAUUAAAAAAGUGGAAAUAAAUGAAAUGGAAGAUGAAGAAGAAGAAAACGAAGAAAAGGAAGAGAAUAUCAUAAACAUUAGCUUUAUUGGAAAACCCAAUACAGGGAAAUCAAGUAUACUAAAUAAAAUUUUAAAUUGUAAUCGUUUUAUUGUUUCCCCCAUAGCAGGAACUACUGUUGAUUCCAUUGAUGUUUUAGUAAAAAUUGAAGGUAAUGAUAGAAUAUAUAGACUUAUUGAUACAGCAGGAAUACAAAAAAGAAAGAAAAAUGUUCCAUUUAAUGAGAAAACGAAAUAUGAGUAUUUAUUAUUUAAUAGAACUGAAAAGGCUAUAAAAAGAAGCGAUAUUUGCGUUCUUGUUAUAGAUUCCUUUAACGGGAUUACCUCCCAAGAUAUAAAUAUAGCAAGAAAGAUAGUACAAGAAAAUAAAAGUUGUAUAAUUUGCUGUAAUAAGUGGGAUCUUAUAUAUAACAAAAAUGAUAUAUUUAAUGAUACCAAAAAUUAUGUACUUAAUCUUUUAAAGCCAAUAGAUUUUGCCAAUAUUUUAUUUAUUUCAGCCAAAACAUCACAAAGAUUACUUAACAUAUUUGAUCAUGCUGAAGAAACGUAUAAACAUUACACAAGGAAAAUAAAUACGAAUAGUCUAAAUGAUGUUAUAAAAGAAGCAUUAUUACUUAGACCACCCAUACCUAUAAAAAAUAAGACACUAAAUAUUUAUUAUGCCUUUCAAGCGCAUACUAAACCACCAGGCUUUGUUUUUUUCUGUAAUUCUGAAAAAAGUGCAUACGAAAAUUAUACAAAAUAUUUAGAAAGUAGAAUAAGAGAAACCUUCAACAUAAGAGGAACUCCAAUUAACAUUUACUAUAAGCAAAAAAAGAAAAGACGUCUCAUUAGGAAGGUUAAGAAUCCUGACAAGUAUAACUUAGAUAUUGAAGCCAUACAGAAGGAUUUUUUAAAAACACAAUCUGAUCAGAAGCUUCAGGGGUGA